AUUGACAAAAAUGUCGUCUUCUCUUCGUCCGUGCUUAAGUUCGGCAGCGACGGCAAUCCAUAAUUUUCCCGUUUAACCGUCGCCUCCGUCGACGAAUCUUUUCUUUCUCUAUUUGUCUCUUAAAGUGAUAUUUCUAUUUCAAGGUUUGUAAUUUCUCUUAUUUCUGAGUUUAUCCGAUCUUCUGGUGAAGAUAAGAAGCGACUUGACCCCUCUGUGCUUAUCAGAUCCUUGUUGCCUGAACCAGCCGAUUUAAAGAAACCGGUCAAUUCUGGUUGUUGAAACUCUUCCCACAUUGCCCCACGAGAAAAUUCAUAGGAUGUAAUGAUGUUAGCUUUAAGUUAUGCCAAAGGAAUCGCUAAUCGAUAUCUCAGGAUUCCCAGAUGGACCUCUAGACUCUGCCUGCUUAACCAUCAAUUCCAUAACUACUCCGUUUAUGCAAAGCAGAGACCUUUUGUAGAAGUCCCAUAUGAAUCACCUUCUUUCGAGCUUUUACGAGCAUCAAGGCAGGAUGUAUUUGCGUAUAACAGACGUUACAUGAGUAAUUCGACGAUAGAGCUAAGAACAGAUGAUAAUGUGGUGAGGUUUUCUUUCAACAAUGUCCCUGACAACAAAAGUGUGCCUAUGAGGAAAGAAAAGAAAUGGAAACGGGCUAAAUCAUCGAGAAAGGCUAAGGUGAAUGAGUUAAGGUUCUACCGUUUAAAGGCCAAAAAGAAGAUGAAUUCUCCAAACCCUGAAGUUAGGAUUCGUUACAAGCUUGAAAAGGCUAAGAGAAAAGAAGAAUGGUUGAUUGAGAAACUGAGGAAAUACGAUGUGCCGAAAUCACCAGCGGAACCCUAUGAUCCAGAAACCUUGACAGAGGAAGAGCAGCAUUACCUAAAACGUACAGGAGAAAAGAGAAAGAACUUUGUCCUUGUUGGGAGACGAGGAGUGUUUGGAGGCGUGGUUCUGAAUAUGCACCUCCAUUGGAAAAAGCACGAAACGGUUAAAGUGAUUUGCAAGCCCUGCAACAAACCUGGGCAGAUUCAUGAGUACGCAGAAGAGCUUGCUCGGCUAAGCAAGGGCAUUGUGAUUGAUGUCAAACCUCACAACACCAUAAUAUUGUACCGUGGGAAAAACUACGUGAGACCAGAAGUGAUGUCUCCUAUUGAUACACUGUCUAAAGAUAAGGCUUUGGAGAAAUAUCGGUAUGAGCAAUCGCUGGAACAUACGAGCGAGUUCAUAGAGAAACUGGAGACAGAGCUUGAGGAGUACCAGAAGUAUGUUGCACGGUACAAGAAGAAGAAAGAUGAAGAAGCGGAGACGAAGAAAGAGACAGAUUCGAGGAGCAAAGCUGGUUAUGUCUAUGAUUCUAGCCUCAAGACCCCAAUUCUCAAAAGGAACUGAAAACAUAGGGAAGCCAAUGGUUCUUUGUUUUUCAAAGCCUUAUGAUUUAGUGCAUAGAAGUCUUACAUUGGAUGCUAUCCGCUUCGGUUUGACUAAACCAAGUUAUAUAAAUCGGUUAGAUGAUUAGAUUAGAGAAGUCGGUUCACGAUG